AUGUACGUAAGAACUAACAAUGAAGACAACAGCUACUCACCUCUCACUCUGCUUCAUCCUCUUCUCCAUUCACACCAUCCCUCUACUCUCUUCAGCUGCAGAAGCACCCCCUCCGGUGCUCGACAUCUCCGGAAAAGAGCUCCGGGCCGGAGUCAACUACUACAUACUGCCGGUCAUACGAGGCCGAGGUGGCGGCCUCUCAUUGGCCAGCACCGGCAACAACACUUGCCCACUCAGCGUCGUCCAAGAACAAUCGGAACUCAAAAAGGGGCUCCCGUUGACUUUUCACCCCGUUGACCCCAAGAAAGGCGUGGUCCGUUUAUCGACCGAUCACAACAUCAAGUUUUCCGCUUCCACGAUAUGCGUACAGUCAACAGUGUGGAGGCUCGAUAAUGAUGAGUCGACGGGAAAGUAUUUCGUAAAUACGGGAGGAGUGGAAGGGAAUCCAGGGAGUGGAAGUAUAAGCAACUGGUUCAAGAUCGAAGCGUAUGGAAGUAGUGAUUACAAGCUUUUGUUUUGCCCGACUGUUUGCAAUUUCUGCAAAGUAAUAUGCAGAGAUGUGGGGAUUGUGGUGCAAGAUGGGAAGAGGCGUUUGGGGCUCACGCUCACCGAUGAUGUCACCCCAUUUCCGAUUAUGUUUAAGAAAGCUUGAAACCUUUGGUUUACGUACUUAGCUUUGUGACAAUAAUAAUAAUUAAUAAAUAUGCAAUAAACCUUUUUCAAUUGUCAAGAGUGCUUUGUUGUAUAUGUUUUUUCUUUUUCUUGAAGAAUCAAUAAAACUUUUUUUUUUU